AAAUAGCUCAGCUCAAGCAGUUGCAGAAACGGUUCAGAGUUUAGAGAGCGAGAACCUCAGUAGCUUACAUACAUACAUACACACACACACACACACACAUACACACACACAGAUACCUGAUCAGACAGGACGACAAAAAUGUAAUGGUCUGACGCAAACGAUUUUUUUUUCUUCGGAAGGGGUCUUUCAUAUCGAUGCCAUUGGCCGAGGCGCCCGCAGUGUCUCCCACAGGAAAAAGAUGAUCAGGAUGUCAUUGGACAAAGAGACUGUUCUACCGCGUGAUGGGCGGGGCGACGCUGCUGUCCCAGAAGGCCCUGCAUCAGGAGGAGGGGGAGUGGACAGGGUGGGUGGGGUAAUGAUGUCCCCUCACCCUCCCUGUCUGGGACCACCCGGAUUCACCGGAAGUUUGGUUCUAACGGAACAGCCACAUCCCCAUGGCCCCAAAACAAGAAGUACACACCCCCUAAAGACCAAAAACGGCCUUCAGCCCCUCCACAACAACCCCCAGGUCUUCCCUCCAGGACAGCAGCAGCGAAUGGGGAAGCGGCGCUACUCCCUGGGUGGCAGCUUCAAGCACCCGGGCUUCGGGAAACGCCGUCGUCGCGCCAACAGUGACAGUCAAUCAGACCCCGUCCUUCCCUCCAACUUCCUGUUGGGCGGGAACAUUUUUGACCCGCUGAACCUCAAUUCUCUAAUGGAUGAGGAGGUGAGCCGCACACUGAACGCCGAGACGCCCAAGUCCUCGCCCCUACCGGCCCGGGCCAGAGACCCUGUAGAGAUCCUGGUACCGCGUGACAUCACAGACCCCCUGAACCUGAAGAGUGGGGGAGGAGAGGGGGAGGAGGGGGGAGGGGUGCUGGUCUCCCCCAUGAAAAACAGGAAGAGACACCGCAACCGUCACCACGGAGGAGGAGGGGGGGGGGCGCAGCCUGAACCCCCCACACAGGCUGAGGGGUCAAAGGUAGAAGCUGGGGGUGAUUCGGGGACAGGAGGUGAGGUGUUGGCUCUGUUCCCUGCCAGCGUCAGCGUUACUGGUGAGCUAGCUGCAGUACCGGAGGCUCCCAGAGAGGGCCUCUCUGGAAGCACAGUGCCACAGUCUCCUCUGCCCUACGAACUCAACACCACCAUCAACUGUCGGGAUGAGGUAGUUCCGCCCAUUCUGCCCCGGAGACACACCCACCCGCCACUUGGCUCCACCUCUAAACCCCGUCCCCAUGGCGACGGAGGCCAUCGGCAGCGUAAACGGCGGCGUACCACCUCAACGAGAUCUGACCAUUCGUCGGUUACUCCGACCCCCGCCCUCACCACUGCCCCACCCAACACCUUCCACACCCCCCUGGUGCCAGGAUCAGGCCUCAGAGGUCAGAGGUCAGGGUCAGUGGUGGGAGGUCAGCAACAGCCCCAGAGUUCCUUCCGCCACAAACCCCAGAAGAAGAAAAACAGGUUCCAGCACGGCAACUACAGCCGUUAUUACGGCUACCACGGUUACUACGGUUACCGUGAUGGGCAGGUGGGGCGGUUUGAGGACCCUCGUCUGGGCCUGCUUCGACCCGAUUGGUUCAGAGGGAAGACAGUGCUGGACAUUGGCUGCAGCACCGGUCAUCUGACCCUGGCCAUCGCACGCCACUUUAACCCGGCCCACAUCCUAGGUAUUGAUGUGGACGGGCGGCUGGUGCACGCCGCUAGGCAGAACAUUCGCCACUUCCUGUCCGAACGACUCACACAGGAUGCCAGGGGUAGGGAGGAGGGGAUAGGGGAGAGAGGGGGAGAAAGUAAACAGAAAGCAGAGACAGCUGAGCAGAGUGAAGGAAGAACACAGAGCGGAACUAAGAUGGUGUCCGGUACAGCUGAGACGAAGAUGGAGGAGGAGGGCCAGAACGAGGAGUGUAGCGCUCUAGAGGAACUGAAGAGAACCCUGACGUUGCUGUCGCCCUCGAGUGGCCCCCGGGGUGUAGGUCGCCCUCUCCCUCCGUUCCCCCUCUCCUUCAGGGUGUGUCGGGGUCCCAUGGCUGCUCCCCCCCUCUUCCCCCCCUCCACCCUGGCCCACGGAACACCUGGAACAUUCCCCAACAACGUCUCCUUCAUAACGGGGGAUUACAUGGAGGACCGAGAACUAUGUCCCCAUGGUGACGACGUCACCGCAGGAUAUGAUGUCAUCCUGUGUCUGGGCGUGACCAAGUGGGUCCAACUGCACGGUGGCGACGGGGGCGUGGUCAGAAUGUUCAGACAGAUCUAUACACACCUACGACCAGGUGGCAUUCUCCUCCUGGAACCACAACCCUGGAGCUCCUACUGCCGCAGCAAGAACAUCACGGAGACGACGUACAGGAACUACUGCGAUAUCAGACUGAGACCUGACAACUUCUGCUGUUACCUCACCUCUACUGUGGGCUUCACCUGUUACAGACUACUGACUGAUACAGGAUUCCAGAGGCCAAUCUACCUGUUCCACAAAGGCCCCGCCCCCAGGAAGUGACUGGGUCAAGAUAUGACACGUGAGUGCCGAAGCACCGCAGGAAGUGGACCGCUGCUCCAUGGAAACAACCGCCCAGCUGGUAUGAUUGGUGGAACGCUCAAACCGUGAUUGGAUGAGAGGAGCUUCUAAUGACUCAUAACUGAUUGAUCAGUCAGGCAGACUGACAAAACUAUUAAUCAAUGAUUAGUUAGUCAGCCAGACUGACUGACCAAACUAUUAACAGACUGAACUAGAGACUUGUAAACCACACAGUUCACGGCCGGUGGACCCUCCUAUCUCUCUCCCCUCAGUCUACUGUCUACUGAGACGUGGCGUCCUGGUUGAGCCCUCUGCAGAGCCAGUUUCACCCUCUCUGAUUCAACCCCACUGAAUGAACAGGGAGCCUGGAGGAGGAAGUAGAAACUAGAACCACAAGGAGCCAAGCGGGGCCUGAGUGUGUGUCUGCCAGUUCUUCUCCAGUGUGUGUACGCGGAGGCAUGUUAUUAUAUAUAUGUGUGUGUGUUUCUGUGUGUAUGAGGGAGGUUGUAAGUGUGUGUGUGUGUGUGUGUGUUUCUGUGUGUAUGAGGGAGGUUGUAAUUGUGUGUGUGUGUGUUUCUGUGUGUAUGAGGGAGGUUGUAAUUGUGUGUGUGUGUGUGUUUCUGUGUGUAUGAGGGAGGUUGUAAUGUGUGUGUGUGUGUGUGUGUGUAUGAGGGAGUUUGUAAUUGUGUGUGUGUGUGUGUGUGUGUGUCAUUAACAAGCUGAUGUUUCUUUAUAAAAGUGUUCUUCCUAGUGUGUGUUCUGAGAGGUGGGACUUCCUCCCUGCCUAAUGAGGUCAUUUCCUUCCAGACUCAUCCAUGUUUUAAACAGUAACCUGCUACAAUAAACUGUCUUCUUCUGA